CCUCUCUUCGUUCUGGAGUCUGGACGGUUGCUCCAUCGCGGCGUCCGGAGUUCCACCGCCGCGCUCUUCCCCCAUCGGCGGCGGCGGCGGCGGCGGCGGAGGAGGAGAAGCGAAGGUGAGUGUACAUGUGUUAGGGUGAACUCCCAGACGCGGCCGCUCAACGGAGAGGGAAGCGAUUUUCUGGGGGACAGGGGGUUUAUUGGUCUGCAUUGGAUAUCAAUCAGGGGUGUAGCGUCUGCAUUCAUUCACUCGAACAAAGAAGAGGGUUUGUGCCUGAUCAAAAUUGCGCACAAAGAAUAAGAGGUUCUUGGUUAGGUUUUGUACCUGAUCCACACAGAUUUGUUGAGUGGCAAAAAGGGCCAAGAAAAUGGGUGUGGUGACAAGGGCCAAGAAGAGGAAGCUGGAGGAGGAAUCCAGCAACCCACAUCUGGCGCCCGGAGGAGGAGAAGACCUGAUAAACCGCCUCCCAGAUGAUAUCCUCAUCGGCAUCAUCACCAUCCUCCCCGGCAAGGAUGCGGCCCGCACCCAGGUGCUCUCGCGGCGGUGGCGCCCCCUAUGGCGAUCCGCGCCUCUCAAUCUUGAGGCCAGGGUCAAUGGUGGCAGAAUAGCUAAGGAUGUGGCCACCAUCCGCAGCACGCUGCGAACCCACAAGGGUCCUGUCUGCCGAUUCUCUGUCAGCUGGACCUUUGACUACAACCACUUUCCGGUCGUUGAUUCCUUGCUUGGAUCGCCUAGGCUUGACAACCUCCAGGAGUUUGAACUUUUCUAUCAUUAUAAUUGCUCUCGCUAUCCUCCAGUUCCGCGGUCUGUACUCCGUCUCUCGCCUACUCUACGUGUUCUCUGGAUUAGUGGAACAUGUGACACGCUUCUGUUUCCCAUGGAGACUGCUUAUUUCCCACACCUUAUGCAGCUCACCCUAUCCAAUGUGAACAUCUCAGAUAGCACUCUCCAUGCUCUUCUGUCACAAUGCCCUGUCUUGGAGAGCUUGGUGCUGGCUGGAACAGGGGCUGUCGUCGUCUCCGGAUCAGCUCCUUGACCCUUCGGAGCCUUGGUGUGUCAAAUGAUACCCGAAAAGAUGAAAAGCUGGAGGAAGUCAUUGUUGAGGAUGCCCCACUCCUGGAAAGGCUUACCCCACACACUAUAUGGCAGGGUGACUUUGUUAUUCGGGUUAUUCAGGCACCGAAACUGAAGACAUUGGGCUAUCUAAGCCAUAAAAUUACCACACUUGAGCUUGGAACCAUGGUUUUCCAGAAGAUGGUACCUGUUAGUCUGUCCAAUGUGAUGCGCAGUGUGAAGAUUUUAGCCCUUGACACCACUCCUGAUCUGGAUGUUGUUAUUGACUUCAUAAAAUGCUUUCCAUGCGUAGAAAAGCUAUACAUUGUGGCAUUCAAUCAGGGGAACUUAAAGAAUAUACGGCGAAAUGUUUCACUUGAGUGCUUUGAUCUACAUCUCAAGAUGGUGGAAUUUAUAAACUAUCAGGGAAAUAUGUUAGAUUUGAACUUCAUCAGGUUCUUUGUGUUAAAUGCUCGAGUGCUAGAAUGUAUCAAGCUUGUAGCCCGUCGUGACAAAUGUGAAGCAAAAUGGAUUGAAAAACAAAAUCAGAAGCUACAGCUUUAUGGCAGAGCUUCACGAAGAGUUACAUUUGAUUUUCAGGCUGAUUAUGGGGUGGAUAGUUUGGUACACAUGAAGCACAUCAGUGAUUUGACUACAGAUGAUCCCUUUGAUAGAUCAUUUUGUAGAUGCCGUGAUGAGGAAAUAUAUUAGUUCAUUUGAAGCUGUUUAUCAGUCAUAUACUUUGUUGCAGGUGUAUGCAUAUAUUGAUGUUGCUAAGGUGGAAAGGACUGUUGCUGAUACUGAGACACCCUAGUGUUCUUUUGAAUUCUGUUAGACCCAAACGUUUACUAUAUUUGGCGUCUCUUGGUUAGUUCACGAGGGAUUUAAGUUAUGCCAUUAAUGUACUCUGUUUAUAUUGUCUUUUGUCUGAAAUUCAUACUAAUGUAUGACUUUGACGGCUUAGUGCUUUAAAUCCUAUCUGGAUCAACGAAAAUUAUAAACUUCUUGAUAUGAUGGGAUUAGGCAGUGUUGAGUCGUGAUGAAUGCGAUGCAUAUGUGUCUCUUGUCUUCUUCAUAAAUUUGUUCAGUUUACUGAUCCAAUUUGUAUUUUUUUU